UUCAGGUGAUAUGGAAAUUCCUCACAAGGACAUAUCAAUAAAUGACUCAGAUUCUGGUAAGGAACUUGUCGCCACUCUUCGACCAAGUUGGUCUUCAAUCAAGUGCAAGGUGUUUGAUGCUGGUAUCACUAAUAAACUGUUUGGCUUCAUCGGGGAAUCGUGCACAGACAAGAAUGAAAUGAUCCUGUUGCGUAUUUAUGGGAAUAACACGAGUUUCAUCAUCGAUCGCAAACGUGAACUUGACACUCAUAUAAAGUUGCACAAAAGUGGAUUUGCUUCAGAAGUUUAUUGCACAUUGAAUAAUGGUUAUCUAUAUGGUUUUGUAGCUGGGGACACGUUGACUGAACAUUCUGUGAGGGAUCCAGCAAUUGCCCCACUUAUCGCUAGAUCUAUCGCCCGGAUGCAUUGCAAGGUACCGAUCUCCGACAAUGAACCAGUAUUUUACUCGACUCUUUGCUCUUGGCUGGAACAACUUCCGGAUGACUUGACUUCUGGCAAGCUGGUAGUUUUGAAAGAUAUUUUAGAAAACAAAGGCACACUUCUAGAUGAGCUUGAAGCGUUGAAUGGUAAGAUUCUCAGUAAGUCUGAUCUGCAGAUUGGUUUCUGCCACAAUGACCUUUUACUUGGAAACAUCAUCCAUAAUCCUGCCAAAAAAUCUAUUUCGGUUAUAGAUUAUGAAUACGGUAACACCAACUACCUUUCAUUUGACCUCGGCAAUCACUUUGAUGAGUAUGCGGGUAUUGAAACGGUAGAUUUCAGUCGAUAUCCUGACGAAGUUUAUCAGAAAUGUUGGCUUAGGAUUUACCUAGACGAAGUGCACGUACAGAAAGGUUUAGGUCCUGUUUCAGAUGGUCAAGUAGACCAGCUUUUCAAGGAAGUCAACUUUUUCUCAUUGUGUGGGCAUUUCUGGUGGGGAACUUGGGCGAUCUUCCAAACUCUUAAUUCAGACGUCGACUUUGAUUUCGCUGAUUACAGCAAACAAAAACUCGAAGAAUAUUUCAAGCAAAAAGAAAAGUUUUUCAAUUAUAUCUAAAACGGAUCAUAUCAGUAGUUUAUUGUAAUAAUUCAGGGGAUUUUCAUGAUUUUGAAUGUCAAAAAUUUAAGUAAGUAAUAUGUUUACAG